GAUGAAGAUGGAAAUCCAUUUGGGGUUAGGUUCAGAAUUCGGAACAUAGAACGGAAUCGGGAAUAUUUUCACGGCUUUACACAUUCUACGGAAAAAUCGAGAAAUUUAUUUGUUUAAAUAUUGAGGUUUUGAUGAUUUUCCUUAUUCCAUUACAAUUUUAUAUAAUAGAUUUAUUUUGCGCUAACUAAUUGAUAUAUUAUUAUUGCUCGCUUCACUGUGAUUAAUGAAAUAAGUCCAGUGUGUUUGGAAUAUAUGCCGAGUGCUGAAACUAAAAGUACUGAAAAGCAGUGGAGGUAGAGUCCAGAAUUCAGAUUCUUAAAAAAGUUUAUUUAUUUUUUUUGCCUUACUAGAUGCUUAACUGAUGGUUGUGAAUUGAUUUGCAGCCAACGUAUACUACGCUAUUAUAUGCUAGGUAUUAAAUAGACAAGAUUUCCUGUGAAUAAAGCUUCGCUAUACUGGUGAGUUCCCACACAAAAUAUUGCUUAAUAGCAAAUUGGACACUCAAAGUGAACUAACAAUGUCUGUACAAAGUGUUGCUCUGGCAUCUCUAACGGCCACCUAUACCGACUCAGAAGGUGAGGAUGGAGUGGAUGAAGACCUUCAAGAGAAUUCAAAUACUCCCAGAGAAGAUGUCCCACAAAAUAUUCAAGCUGGUCAUCCCCAGGUUGUCAUCAGUCCCAAAUCUGGCACAUCAGCCUCAAAUAGUCCUAUCAAUAAUUCCAAUAUUAUUGGAAAAAUUAAUAACAACUUGCCAAAUGCUCCUACCUUGGUGACAGAUGUAACAUCAAAGGUACAAAGAUUAGUUUCGUACUUUGAUGAUACAAUUGUAUCUGACGAUGAGGGAACUGUAGUACCAGUUUCUGAAGUGUGGUCUUCGGUAAAUGGGAAACCACUUUUGGAUAUAGCUGAACAGCAGUCUCCUGAUUGUCAAGGGGAUUUGAUUUCAGAUGGUGAAACAAAUGCAUACGGCAUUAUAAUACCACCAGAUCCAUCUGGAUCAUGUCCUAUAGAAUUACAGGAAAAAAUUACAAAUCUUUACAGGAAAAUGGAAUCUGGCCGUUUGGAUAUGAAUAAACUUAUACAACAAAGGAAAGACUUUAGGAACCCCUCUAUUUAUGAAAAAUUAAUUCAAUAUUGUAGUAUAAAUGAAUUAGGUACCAAUUAUCCUCCAGAUAGAUUUGAUCCUUUUAAAUGGAAUAAAGACUCUUACUAUGAGGAACUUGCCAAAAUACAAAAAGUGGAAAUGGAGAAACUGGAGAAAGCGAGGAAGGAAAAAACUAAAAUUGAAAUAGUUUCCGGAACAGCCAAGAGACAAAGCAACACAACUGCAACUGUAGAAGAAGAUGCUAAGAAGAGAAAAAGCAAAUGGGAUCAAGUCUCUACGAUACCUGCUGCUGCAGCAGCAGCAGCAGCAGUAAAGCCAGGUGUUAUAGCUCAACCAGCUUUAACAACAUUGACCUCGUCAGUCACUGGUACAAAAGCAACGGUAAUAUCAGCUUUUGGUUCUUUACCAAAGAAAAGAUUGUAACUUAUAAUUAUUUAUUGUAAAUAUUAUUUAAUUGUUAAAUAAGCCAGUUGUUACGGUUAACAUUACAGACUACAAUUCAAUGCUUGAAA